AUGUACUUCUUCCUGAGCAACUUCUUCUCUUUUAUGGAGAUCUGGUACAACAUAGUCACUGUGCCCAAGAUGCUGUCCAGCUUCAUGGUGGAGAGGACCACCAUAACUGUGUUGGGCUGCAUCAUCCAAUUCUAUGCCUUCUGCUGCUUGGGAACCACAGAGUGCAUGUUCCUGGGUGUGAUGGCUUAUGAUCGCUACUACAUUGCCAUCUGCUACCCGCUGCAUUACAGCACUCUGAUGAACAAAAAGGUCUGCACCUGGCUGGCUGUUGGCUCUUGGGUGAGUGGUUUCAUUGGCAAUUUGCCUCUCACCAUCUCUACCACUCAGUUCUUCUUCUGCGGCCCCAACAAGAUCAACCACUUCUGCAACCUGGCACCAGUGCUGAACCUCUCAUGCACAGACACCUCAGUCAGCGAGAUGGUAUUCUUCACCUUCGCCUGGGUCAUCAUCCUCUGCUCCUUCCUGCUCACUAUGGUGUCCUAUUGCUACAUCAUCUCCACCAUCCGCAGGAUGCCCUCCACCAUUGGCAGACAACGGGCCUUUUCCACCUGCACCUCCCACCUCAUCGUGGUCACCAUUUUCUACAGCACUGUCACCUUCAUGUAUGUCUGGCCCAAGGUGCGCUACACCUUCCAGGCAGACAAGGUAGUCUCUGUCUUCUACUGUGUAGUCACCCCGCUCCUCAACCCUGUCAUCUACAACCUGAGGAACAAGGAAGUGAAGGAGGCACUGAGGAGAAUGCUGUGCAGCAGAAGAAGGCUAAAUUGGAAGAACUUUGGACUCAUUGACUGGGAUAGUUAA